UGAGCCUCAAUUGUUCUGUUCUCUCGGGGUUACAACUGUAUGCUUCUUGACAGUGGGGGUUUAUUAUUAUUAUUAUUGCCGUAAGUGUGUAUGUACGCAUGUGUAAGUAUGUGCGUCCCAGGAACAAUGUGAAGAGCCUGGUACAGGAGCCAAGUUUUCACUUCAUGCUUAAAAGUCUUGCAAUAGCUGGAGAAGGAGGCGCCUUGGUGGGCCUAUCGGAGGGUAUUGACCCCGGCGAGAUAGGGGCAUUCGACUUCUCGCAAGGGACAGGAGCAAACGUCUCAGAGGCAACGGACGGCAUUAACGAUACCUGCUGCUGCUGUUGCCGCUGUUGAUCUGGGACAUCAAUUCGAGUCUCGUUGCGUAUUGGUGCGUUCGAAUGGCCAACAUCCGCAACGGGAAUGUCCUUGUUGGAGCUGAAGGAAAGUGUUCUGGGUAUAAAACUCCUGGUCCGUUCAAAGAUGUUACGUUGCAGGUAUGAGGGCACGAAGGGUCCUUGGAUUCGGUAGAUGUAGAUGCGCCAAGCGAUAAACGCGCAAAAGAGGACCAGGCACGGUAUGAGAACCGCUAGGAGGAUUAUUACCUCGGACAUUUU